AGUAACCACGAUAGUGAUGAUAAUAAAACCAAUGACGAUGAUGGUGACGACGACGACGACGACGAUGACGAUGAGGGAAAAAAUACGUUGCAAGUGCGAUACCAUCGAAUAUUACGAUAGGCGCGAACGAUUUUGUUGGUGAAAAACGAUGGGCAUGUUCGAGGCUCGUGCUGUUUCUGUCGUAUACGAGUACGAGUACAGCGUGCAGUUGACGAGCGCGCGCGAUUAGCUCGCGAAUCGCGAUCGCGAUCGUUUUGAUGAAUCUGUUCAGCAACAGAUUGGCCACCGCCACCGCUACCGCUACCGCGUAUUAUCCCAAUGCGACGGCUAAGGCGGCCCUCAAAAAAUUCUCAUCUCAGGAAGCGUUACCGACGCAGUCGUAUUUUGAAAGCGCCAACGGUGCUCUUAGGAUUCAGGAUCAACUGGCUCGCAGACCGUACGAAGACGAUGACAAGAGACAGCUAGGCGAUGAUACGUUUCGCAAGAUAGUCGCUUCGGACGUAUACAGAGAAGGAUCCGCAUUACCUGCCAGCGCGCCCGAAACCUCUCGAACCAAUAUCGGCAAAGUGAGGCAGCUGUUCGAAGAACGUCGAAAACAACAAAUCAGAGUCAGACGUCCGUUACAGACGGCCGCCGUCGGUCGAGAUAAAAGUUACCCUUUGCAGCCGAUUAGACGCAAUAAGCCCGAAAUCGGGGACGAUGCGAGCGUAGACGAAAUAACCCAACCGGUUAUAGUAUACGAUAGCUCGAUAUUCGGUAGAUUACCAAAUCUCGGCGGACGUCUGUUAUCGGACAAGACGAAACCGACUGCUGGCGGUGAAACGAAUAGCAACUUUACGCAGAGUGCCGAUAUGUCAGCCGCCGCCCGCAGGAAUGUCAACUCUUCGGUGACCAAGGUGACCGAAGAUAUGUCCAGAUUGAGCACCGGUAGAUCGCUCGUCAAUGGUGUACUGAAAAAGCCCGUCGUCGUCGUCAAUCGGCAGAUACCGUCUCCGAAACAGGGCACCGUUCAACCGAUCGGAAAAUCGACAAAAUCAACGGCGGUCGCCAAUCGCUUAUCGGAUGAUAGGCUCGGUACAUCGAACGACAUCGACAGAGCUCGUUUAACCGCCGCUGAUCGCAAACCACUCGCUUCGAGAGAGGUCAAAAAACCAAUUCCUUCGCUAACCUCGCCAACCAAGAAGAAACCUCUGACUAACGGAACGAUCAAAAUGCCAUCGAAAUCCACGGCAGCCGCUGCCGUGAAAAAACCGAGUCAACCGCCGCCUCCGGGAAUGGUCAAUUGUAAAACGUGCGGUCGUAAUUUCGCUCAAGACAGAAUUAAAAAGCAUCAAGAAAUAUGCGAGAAGGCUUCCAAAAGCAAAAGAAAGAAAUUCGAUCCGCUGAAACAGAGGUUGAAAGGCACCGAAGCGGAAGGAUACAUCAAUCAAAUCAAAUCCACUAAAAAAAUUUCGGAGCCGCCGAAAAAAGACACGUGGAGAAAACAGCACGAAGAAUUUAUAAACAAUAUUCGAGCAGCUCGAAUGGUCAAACAGCAUUUAGCCCAAGGAGGUAAACUAUCCGAUCUUCCGCCGCCGCCACCGUCCGAUACAUCCGACUACGUACCUUGUCCGCAUUGCGGACGAAAAUUCAACGACGCUGCCGCAGCCAGACAUAUACCGAAAUGCGUCACCAUGAGGCACAAUAAGCCCAAAAAUGUGCCCGCCAAUCGAUCCGACCCGUCCAAGAUUAAGAAAAUUAACGCUACCAGAAAACGAUAGCGGCAGUCUUAUGUGAUGAUGUUUUUGUUACCAGUUCUGUUCGGUUGUUUUUCUUAUUCGUGUUCCAAUUUAUAAUAUGUACAUAUGUACAUUGUACGAACGAGAGAUACGAGCAAUAAGUAAUAAAUAAACGUUAAAACGUA